UCGGCCUGCCCCAUUCCAUUUGGUCUUUUUCUGCGCCUGUCAACAAAUAGACGCAACCAAAAACUCUGCGUCUGCUGUAUUAGGUUUACCUUGACGAAACACUGCUGUGCUUGAGCGGUUUGACGAGAGGCGUUGACGGGUUUUGUUUGGACACGCAUUCGGAGCUUUUUCCCGCUACGCACAGGAACCAAAGGUUUCAUCGGGCUACAUUCAAACGUGCCAACAUUGAAUAAGAACAGCCGCUAGGCACUACAUUGUUACGACUUUCCCACAAUUCGACUGGGGGUUGACUCCCACCGCGUCAGACGAACGCCUAUUUUUCUCUUGAACGCAGCAAAAUAUGGGAGCGUUCCUCUCCCUAUUGAGAGGCGGUGGGCCAACAGAUGAGCCACCUGUUGACAUACCCGUCAACUUGGAAGGUGCACAGCCAACCGCUGAUGAAGUGGAAAUUUAUCAGUACAUUAUUCAAAUUAUGCAACCAGCACCCGGCUAUCUCGACGCAUUGAAAGGAUAUAUUGGAUGUCAGGAAGAGAUUCGCAAGGCCAUUAGCAGUCCAUCCCGAGAAACUGAGGAAGCGGCAUGGGCAGCGGUAUGUCCGGCUGUUCUGAAGUUGAGAGAAUACUAUGAGUUUGCUUUAAAGCUUGAGGAAGCAUUUCCGCGCCUGAUGGCGUUCCUUUGUACCGGUGAUGUCAUGAGGAAUUUAGAAGUGCGGCAGGCAACAGCCAAGCAGUUGGCUGAUGUGCUACAUUUCGUAUCCCUUUUCGAUGAAUUGAAGAUGGGCAACCCAAAUGUGCAGAAUGACUUUUCUUAUUACCGCCGAACAUUGAGUCGCAUGCGAAUGGCUAAUCCCUCGCAACAGAACGUGGUAGUUCCAGAUGAGCUUGCAAAUAGAAUGUCCCUAUUUUACGCUCAUGCUACCCCAAUGACGAAAUCACUUGUCGACGCGACAAUGAAGCUUGUCAAAGAGAACAAUACUGUGACUCCUGACGCCGUUACCACCAUCCUUUCCAUUAUCUCCGGCAUUUGCUACAAUGCGGUAAUAAAAGAACGUGCACAGGGCGCUAUGGUGCACUACUGUUUGCGGGUGUUGACUGUAUCCAUCAUUCUGUACGAUCAUGUGGAUCCGGAGGGUGCGUUCGGAAAGGGAUCAAAGUUAAUAUCCGAGCAUCAGUGCGAGUUAUCCAAACAUCCGGCGGGUCCGGCAGCAACAAUCUCCUUAACGCUUUACGAUACACAACUUUACACCUAAAUGACGAGUCUACCCCGAAAUCCAUUAAACUCAUGCUUGCUGCCUGAAGACCGCACCCGCUGUGUUUUGUUUUAGUUCCAAGGAGUAAUGAUGUAAAGAACGGGUCGAGAUGAGAGGAUGUUAACCUGGGUGGUGUGGAUGUUGGGAUUUGUUAGCUAAAGGUUGGAAACUCGUGCGAUAUGUAGAGAAUGCUUUAUGGUGAACGGUUCAAGGUGGACAGGGGGAAUGUUGCUAUUUGACAAAUGGCGAAGGGGAGUGAACUGGUGGAAUUAUUCUUGGCUGUUGAGGGCCUAGUAGCAGAAAUGAUGAAUUCUACAAUCGGUUUGCGCAGCCAAAAACUCUGUUCAAUUGGAACAUGGCUUUGUAAGCGUGGCUUCAACGUUAUCUCUUUGCUCGUUAUCGCAAUUUUAAUAAAAGAUACGGGGA